AAAGGCCAGAUCCCGCUCUUAUAAAUUCUCCUGGAUCCGGGAUCUCUGUACCGGAGAAUGAGAGAGCCACUAGUGAGACAUCAUUCAACAGCACAUUGGACCUGCCAGUCCUUUAGUUUUUAUUUCAAUUUUCUCGUUUCUCCAGGUGUAUUAUAGUAGCAAAUAAGAUGGCUACGUCCGCCAGCGCCAGUUUGAGUAAAGCUGUCAAGCAGCAGUACAUGGAGCUCCCUCAGGGGGACAAAGUCCAGGCCAUGUACAUCUGGAUCGACGGAACCGGAGAGGGGCUCCGAUGCAAAACCAGGACGCUUGAUUCUGAGCCCAAAAGCAUCGAAGAUCUUCCUGAAUGGAACUUUGACGGAUCCAGUACCUACCAGUCCGAAGGGUCCAACAGCGACAUGUAUCUGAUCCCCGCAGCCAUGUUCCGCGAUCCAUUCCGCAAAGACCCCAACAAGCUGGUGCUGUGUGAAGUCCUGAAGUACAACCGUAAACCUACAGAAACCAACCUUCGGAUCACCUGUAAUAAAAUGAUGGAUAUGGUGGCGGAUCAGCAUCCUUGGUUUGGCAUGGAACAGGAGUACACCAUCCUUGGAACGGACGGGCAUCCAUUUGGCUGGCCAUCUAAUGGUUUUCCUGGACCACAGGGGCCGUACUACUGUGGUGUUGGAGCUGACAAAGCUUAUGGCAGAGACAUAGUUGAGGCCCAUUACAGAGCCUGUUUGUACGCUGGAGUCCAGAUUUGUGGCACAAAUGCUGAAGUGAUGCCUGCUCAGUGGGAGUUCCAGGUCGGACCUUGCGAAGGCAUUGACAUGGGCGAUCAUUUGUGGGUAGCGCGCUUCAUCCUGCACCGUGUCUGUGAGGAUUUUGGUGUUGUCGCCUCAUUUGAUCCCAAGCCAAUCCCUGGAAACUGGAACGGUGCUGGCUGCCAUACGAACUUCAGCACAAAAGAGAUGAGGGAAGACGGUGGAUUGAAAGCUAUUGAGGAUUCCAUUGAGAGGCUCGCAAAGAGGCACAGCUACCACAUUCGUGCCUACGACCCCAAAGGGGGGCUCGACAACGCCCGCCGUCUCACUGGCCGCCACGAAACAUCAAACAUCCACGAAUUCUCUGCAGGUGUGGCCAACCGUGGUGCCAGCAUUCGCAUUCCUCGUAACGUUGGUCAGGAGAAGAAGGGCUACUUCGAAGACCGUCGCCCAUCAGCCAACUGUGACCCGUACAGUGUGACCGAGGCCCUGAUCCGCACCUGUCUGCUGAACGAGGAAGGAGAUGAACCCGUGGAUUACUAAAUCCACAACUGACUCCGACUGUUCCCCCCCCCCUAAUUUCUUUUAAACUAGUACUGUAUAUUUUUCCCUCCCUUUCUCCCUCUGAGAUGAUUUUUAACCCACAUUUUUAAUGGCUUAAAGUUGACUGGUCAACGGAAAACAUGACAAGGUGUUAGAUCCGUGGUAGUUGUGAGCUGGUCAUGGCAGGGUAUGCCUUUCCCCUCAGCUUUAGCAGGGAUUGGCUUUUGUAACACUGUUUUGUAACCCAUGUCAUAUCAUUCCCUGUUUUGUCAGUGACUAAAACGAACUAAAGCACAUGGACACUGCAGAGUAGCGCUGCUAAGACUGGACAGCAUUUGUAAUUGAAUAAAUCUGACUAGUUAGUGUACUGUUAAUAUGUUGAACUGCCUUUCAACUAUCCAGUCUUCAUUGUUACUAAUUCUGUCGUUUUAUCAAGUGUCUACUUUUAAAUGGCAACAUUUGUCUUCAGAGUUUUGACACACUGGGUCAUCUUUGUAUCGUACACUUUGUAGAGGUCUGUACCCAGAUGUAAGUUGUGCAAAUGUGGUGGAUCUGUCCAUAAUGCCAUUUGUAGAUUUCCUCAAGGAGUUUUAUCCUUUUGUUAACUGCGAUAUUAUAAUGCACCUGAUUUGGUAAAACAUUACAUUUACUGAACAUGGUGAUUUUUAUUGAAACAUUUAAAACUUUUAUUUUUAUCACAA